AUUCAAAUUAUGGCUUUCAUCCUUAUCAUCCUCCUAUUGCACUUUGCUUUAAGUGAAGGAUGGACUAAUUUUGAUGAUCUCGACGUAGAAGAACAGCUUAAGAUCUUGAACAAGCCAGCAGUGAGAAGCUUUCAGAGUGGAAAAGGGGAUAUAUUUGAUUGUGUUGAUAUGUUCAAGCAACCUGCUUUUGAUCAUCCUUUACUUAGAAACCACAAGAUUCAGAUGAGACCCACUGCAUUUCCAGAAGGGAAAGGUGCUCCAAGAUCUAUAAAUGCUUCCUCACAUUCUAAACUCAUGGGCUUUUCAUGCCCAAAAGGAACAGUUCCUAUUCGCAGAACUACAAAGGAAGAACUAUUAACAGCAAGAUCACUCUCGGAGAAAUCAAGAAAUUCGACAAGAAAACUCUAUAUUGCUCAAUCUUACUAUCGUGCUGGAGUGAUUUCGUUCAUGGGCAAUUACUAUGGCGCUAAGGCAGCUUUAAAUGUCUGGAAGCCAUAUGUUGAAGGAGAUGACCAAUAUAGUGCUGCCUUAGUUUCGGUUACUAGAGAUGGAAACGACAUACAAGCUGGAUGGAUGAACAAUGACGAUCCAGUGAGAUGCAUUAACACUCUUUGCCCCGGUUUUGUCACGACCGGAGAAUUACCACUUGGUGCACAGAUGUCGUGGAUUUCCCAAUACAAUGAUCCAAAUAAGCAACAUGCUAAACGGUUUCAUCUGUUCAGGGAUGCAAAUACUAAAAAUUGGUGGCUUAAAGUGGGACGGAUUGGCGUAUUAGUUGGGUAUUGGCCAAGUGAGCUUAUUCCUAAGCUAACAUCUGAUGGAGCCAAGGAAAUAUUCUGGGGUGGCCAAGUAUAUCCAGGGAAUAAACGGAUUAAACGGUUGAGAAACCUAGAAAUGGGAAGCGGCCACUUCCCUGAAGAGGGCUAUGCUAAGGCAGCCUUUGUUAGUAAGAUAAUGUAUGCAUUACAUGAUGGACCCGAAUUGAUAAAUCCCUCCUCCGACCAAAUAGAUCAAUCCGUAGACAAACCAUCAUGCUACGAUGUUGACCCGGAUGUACAAUACUCAGAGGAACGGGGAUAUUAUAUCUUCUAUGGUGGAAAACCCAAUAACUUUUGUCCUGAUUGA